GUGGGCGGCACCUCCACGUCGGCGUUAAAAAGCCGCGCGCAGGCCGCACUUUCCCCUCACUUGUCACCUGGACUCCGCUGAUGUUCUAACUAAGUUCGGGGGGGCAAUUUUUGUUGUUUUGGGGGGGUGGGGGCAAGUUUGCGGACCAUGCGGGAAGACGACGACUCCUCCCCGAUGGACAGCGCGGGGAACAGCGAGGAGGAGGCCGAGCGGCAGCCGCCGAGGAGAGGCGCCAGGAAGCGGCGCGCGGCCGUGACGCGCAGGAGCGCGGACGACCCGGACGUGGCGGGGAAAAGGACGACGACGACGACGACGUGCGUGGGCGGGAGCGCGGGCAGCAGCCCGGCGCGCUCCGGGGACGACGCGCAGACGCAGCGCGUCAUGGCCAACGUGCGCGAGCGCCAGCGCACGCAGUCGCUGAACGAGGCCUUCACGUCGCUGCGCGAGAUCAUCCCCACGCUGCCCUCCGACAAGCUCAGCAAGAUCCAGACGCUCAAGCUGGCCGCGCGCUACAUCGACUUCCUGUGCGAGGUGCUGCGGAGCGACGAGGCGGCGGCGGCGGCGGCGGCGGACGCGCGCGGCUCCGGCUGCGGCUACGUGGCGCACGAGCGCCUCAGCUACGCCUUCUCGGUGUGGAGGAUGGGAGGAUCCUGGUCCGUGUCCACCGCCUCCCACUAGUGGGGAUGAUCCGGAUGGGGCGACAGAGAGUCGGACAGCAAGUGCAGCUGCCGGGAGGACAUGUGCCGUAUUUCCCCUCACGCUUGCAAGGGAGCACUUACAGGACCAGACGGAUAUGAAGAAAGACCGCUAUGAAUGUUCGGAGGAGGGAGAAAAAACACCCCAAAAAAUGCCUCUCACAUUCCUGGAGACAAUGUUUCACAGCAAAUGGACUAUUUAUUUUUCUACUGGUGCCAAACCCAAAAGAGCUAUUUAUUUUGGGGUAUCACGAGAACGCUGAGCCUUGUAAAUAUUUGCUACAAUAAACAAAUGAAAGUA